AUGGCAUUCGAUCUAGCAACAUAUUCUCGGACUGGUUACGACUCAGAAUGCAUUGCCAAUAAAGAGAAUUACGAAAAAUCUACGCUUCGUUCUCGUUACUUUGGUGAAAACAGAUGUAAUAGAACACUGAAGCGUAAAUUACAUCACGUAAACGAGAAUGCAUUAUGUCCAUGGUAUUAUGACGUAACGUACGAUGCAAAUAGAAAUCCAUCAGUGAUGCUAGAUGCCAAAUGCCGUUGCCCUAGACAGAAGAAAACUUAUGAAAAAUCAACAUAUACCUGUGAGAGACUUACAAUUGCAUUUCCAGUCUUGAGACGCCAUAAAAAAAACUCAAUCAAAUGGAAGGCUGUGAAAGAAAAUAUUGGAAUAGCAUGCGUUUGCAAGAAACCAAUUUCCAGUUAA